AUGAAAUCAAUGAUUCUUUUGACUAUUUUGCUUGUCACUUGUGUUACUCAUAGCGAGGCACUUGAAUGCUAUUCGCAUAGUGUAUGCUCACAAAAUUGCCUACAAUUGACAAAUACAAUUACGUCUUGUACCGGUGACGACAAUAGAUGCUACAAAGUUGCAUUUCCUGGCGGUGUCAUUCGUGGUUGCGCUAAAGAGCAAUGUGCUAUUCAAGUUGAUGCUCAUUCAAUACUAGCUAGUGUCUGCUGUGAAAAUGAUUUGUGCAAUUUAGCAAUUACAUCAAAACUGACAUUUAGCACACUCUUCAUGAUCAUGGUGACUUUCCUUAGCCAUAUCAAUCGUUUUACUGAUAUAGAAUCAACACCGAAACAGCUUCCACCAAUCUAUGGCUAUUUAUCUCAUCCGCUACUGCCUCUUCAAAAAGCUCUUGAACCUAUCGCAAUUCAGAUCAAUCAACUGGAUCGUUAUAGUAAAAUAGCUGAAAAUGAAUGCCGCUUUCCAUCUGACCAUGAUCUCACUCGAGACGGAUCAGCUGCCAUUUACCUCUACACGAUAGAAUGGGGCGAUGAGUUCACCUGGCGGACGAUCAGUUCAUGUGCAAUAUCGGUGAACAUCAUCAAAGAUUUCGUUGGGCCAAAUUCAACAUUAUUCUUGAUUGAAGCUGUGAAUGGAAAAACUAUUUCACGUUACACGAACUUCCCAAGUAAAAACGAAGUAAUUCUUUGUCCAGGCACCCGAUUUCGUGUUGUCAGUGAUCCUCUGGAUGAAGCAACCAUGCAUGUUGUUCAUUUAGUAGAAAUUACUGACGAAACCGGCGACCAAAUCGCAAGCAGCUUCGAUCGGACAUCAGCAAUGCCUGCCUCCAACAAUGCAUCCGUCCAAACUGCGACAACACUUGAAUCUUCAGAAGUCAAAGCUCUCACAGACCAAUGGGGUAACCGAUAUGAGUAA